AUGGGUGAAGGCGGCUAUCUCAAUCUUGUCAACGGUACACCGUACCGAUGGAAGCGUACUCAGCAGAAUAGCUAUCAGAUGGAGGCCUGGAGCUUCCCGGAGUCCAUCGAUGCAGGCAAGGUUCCCAGCACAUACAUUGAAUUUGACCACGGCGUUCUUAAGAAGCGUGGAGAUACUAGUGGAUCGGUCACCUACAGCUUGGAGGGUACCAACGCUACCUUUUCAAUCCAUGUUCGCGAUAAACCCGCAAACAUCUGGAUUCAGCUCGACGGUCUUGAGACGCUGAAUAACUCUCGCGGCUCAAAGAUCGAACUGGGAUGGCAGCACGACGAAUGCGUCACCUUCGUGCUUUCCGGAAAGCAGGGAAACUUUCAUUCUUCGAACCCGCCUACGGAUUGGAUGCAGCAGAACAGAAACACCCUUGGUCAUCGUCCUCUGUCGCAGAUCUGCAUGUUGGGCACUCACGACUCGGGCAUGUCGACUGUGUCUCACUCUGAUGUUCCAGGCGGUGUCAUUGAUCCAUACGUUCUGUGCCAGUCAGUCUCGGUUCUGGGACAGCUUGCUCAUGGCGCUCGAUACUUUGAUCUUCGGCCUCAGUACUCGGGCGGUCAUUUGUGGACCGGCCAUUACACCGGAAAGGUCGGCGGUCGAGGCGAGUCGAUCUCGGAUAUUAUUUCUGCUGUUAACGAAUUCACGAAAAAGAACGGCGAACUCAUCAUCCUGAACUUUUCGCACUCUCUUCAAACCGACACCGACGAAUGGCGAGAGUUUACCAAGCAGGAAUGGCACAAUCUCAUGAAAGAGCUUCUCAAGCUGAACCACCUGUUUAUCGUUGAGGAUAAGAACAAAGCCAAGAACCUCACCCAACUCAAGCUUGACGAUUUCAUCGGCAACGGCAAGGCAGCUGUUAUCUGCGUCAUGGAGCAGUGGGAUCUCGACAUUGGCGAUUAUGCGCACAAGGGAUUUUACAAGUACGAACAGAUGAAUGUUCGCAAUGAGUACUCCAAUAAAGAUGAUGCUGUUGUUAUGGUUAAUGACCAGCUUGAGAAGAUGAAAGGCCAUAUGUCCGCCAAGGAUAAGCGUCUUUUCCUGCUUUCUUGGACAUUGACCCAACAGGCUCCAUCUUGGGAUGGUGACGUUGUUACGUUCGUCAAGAUUGCACCAAGGUCUUUGAAGCCGAUUAAGAAGUUGGCUUAUACUUGCAACAAAGAGCUUUUCACACGACUUCUGCCUGAGGUCAGUGAUAAGUCGUUCCCUAACGUUGUGUACAUUGAUUACUUGGAUAAUCAGGAUUAUGCGGCUUUGGUUAUCGCCAUCAACGAUAAGGUUUUCAAUAAUUAA